AUGCCUUCCUUCAACAAACUCUCCCUCUUCGCCGCCGUCGCCACUGCUCUUUUACCAGCGGUGCACGCCCACGGUCAGGUCAAGGGUGUCUUGGCUGACGGGGUGUACACGUCGGGACCCAAUAUCUACUACGCCGCCGACUCGAAGAAUGCCGGCACAGCUGUCCGUGUGCAAUAUCAGGCCUCGGGAACCGCCUUUAACGUGCCUUCGCAAUGGAGUGACAACUCGGCCAUGUCUUGUGAAGGUGCCUCUGGCGCUCCCGUCUCCGUUGAUAUCACUGCUGGCAGUGUUCUUCGUAUCUACUGGGCAGGUGCCACCAAUGACCUGCUCGGCAAGGCCGGUGUAGGCGACACUGGAGGAACCGACUCCACCAACUACCCUUGGGUCCAUGCCAUGGGUCCCAUCGCCGACUACAUUGCCUCUUGCAAUGGAGACUGCAGCUCCUUUGACGCGUCUACCGCCGGCUGGUCCUUACUCGACAAGAUGGGGAUCGAUUACAGCCAGACCAUUUCUGACGGCCUUAGGACGACGAUGACCAAUAAGCCGGAGAAGUACUAUCCGACUAGCGGAAGUGGGCUGUGGGCUAUGGCCAAGCUUGUGCAACAGGGUUCCUGGUGGGAGACUACCAUCCCCGCUGAGCUCGAAGCCGGCCAAUAUAUUGUAAGGAACGAGAUGACGGCAGUGCACAACCCCCUCAGCUCCGGCGGUGACCGUCCUGGACCGCAGAUGUACAUUGCCUGUGUUCAAGUGAAUGUCAAAGAUGGCGGUUCCCAGACUCUUCCUGCUGGCACCCAAGCUGGAUCGCUCUACUCCCCCAGCGGUGACUUUGCCAACUUCAACGUCUACGCCGGCGACGAGUGGAAAGACCCCUUCCCGGAUGUUCUGAGCUUUGCCUCGUCCUCCUCGUCAUUCUCAAGCGGCUCCUCUUCCUCUUCCUCUUCCUCUUCCUCCUCUGCCACCUCUGAGGCCUCUUCGUCUGAAGCUCCCGCUCAGACCGCUACCUCGUCUUCUGAUGCUACCAAUAACGCCCCAUCCACGACACUGACAUCUACUGCCUCUGCAGAGACCACCUCAGGCAGCAGCAACUCUACUGGAGCCUGCCGCGAGCGCCGAAGCAUCAAGAAGCGCAUGGAGUCUCACAAGAACAUGAAGAGGCAACCCUUCCCCCAUACUCACUAA